UUCUUCAAAAUAAACUCAUUUCUUCCCCAAACAUCUUCCCCGUCUUCAAUUUCUGCAGCUAAAAUAAACUGCGUAAUCUAGCAUAUUCAUCUUAACAUGCGCCCUUCAACAGAAACUACUAAUUAAAUAAAUCUUCACAAUCAUGUCGAAUUGGAUCUCCUCAAAGCUCAAAAAAGCUGAAUCGUUCCUUCAACAGAUUGAUCAACAAGCGGCAGAAUCACUAGGUCAUAAUGAAUUACCUAGAUCUGAGGAACACAACAAUAAAAUUCCAACAAAGAUUGAAUCAGUUGUACCGUUAAAAGAUCAGCUCAAAAAGAAAUCAGAACCAGAACGUCAUGAUUCACAUAAUUUACGUAAAGAGCGAAAAAAAGAUGUUGGUGUUGCUGCUACACCUUCCAAGUUAGUUACAAAACCUACGCCACCACCUAAGGUGGUUCCACCGUCGACUUUAACAGAUAGUGAUUGGACAGAACUUCUUAGUACUCCAAAGCAAGCUCAAGGGAAUUCUAAUGGAAUGUCUGUAGUUCGUGGUUCGAAAAAGGAUGUCAAGAAGAUUUUAGAAGUGAAAAAGAGUGCGCCGCCAGUGCGUAGAACUGUUUCGAAUAAGUUUAAACCUAAGGGGUCAGAAAAUAGUGUUGAUGCUGGAGUAGUCAGUAGUAAAGUUAGUGAUGGAGAUGAAUCUGGCUCUAGCGAUUCCCUGCAUAGAAAAUCUGGUUCUGGUUCUGGUUCUGGAUCGAGUAAAGAUGAAAGAUAUGUUGUAGAGAGAGAUAAUGUUGUUGCUGGUACACGAGAUGGAGUUCCUCAUGCAGCAGAUGAAUCCCUUACAACUGAAAAGGUGUCGUCGAUGUUGGAAAAGUUUGAUGGUGCAAAAGAGAACCAAAUGAAUGGUGAUAAUGAUGGUUUGAGGUUAAAAAAGUCUAAUGCAGCGGUAGAAAGCUCUGUUCGUCAAGACUCCCAGGGAGAAUCUUCUUCAGAGAGUGAGGGGCAAACUGGUUCGGACAGUGAUUCAAGUUCAUCUUCUGAAUCUGAAAAUGAACGAAAAAGGAGGGAAGAAAGGGAAAGAAGAAGGGAACAGAUUAGGGCGGAGAAAGCAGCUGCAAAAGCUGUCGAGGCUAUAAAAGAACGUGAGAAUGUUGUCGCUAGAUUGGAGGGAGAGAAACAAAGCUUAGAGAAAAUACUCGAAGAACGAGCUAAACAACAAGCGCAGGAGGCUUCUGAACUGCAGACAAGCAUGAUGGAAACGAUGGACGCUGUUGAUUUAGAGAAGCAGAAACAUAAUAACACAAGGAUGGAGGCGCUAACUCGAUUGGCUAAACUUGAGACUGCAAAUGCUGAUCUUGCAAGAUCUCUGGCAGCUACGCAAUGGAAUCUUGAAGUAGAGGCUAAUCGAGUUGCCGAACUCCGCCAACAACUUGAACUGAAAGAAGGAGGUCACGAAGAUCUCAAAAGGAGAAUGUCCAACAUUCAUCAGAGUGGAACAGGGCCAUGCCCAAACCAAGAAGCGUCCAAAGGAGCUGAAUUUGAAAGAGAUAUCCUUGAAGCUGAAUAUUCAUUCACGUGCGAUAAAAUUGUGCAAUUGCGAGAGAAGGCAAAGAAGCUAGAGGAAAGCAUUGAAGUUACACGAAAUGAGAUGGAGAAUCCAACAGCUGUAGAAGCUGAGCUCAAGAGAAGGCUCUCACAGCUGACCGACCAUUUAAUACAGAAACAAGCUCAGGUCGAGUCUCUCUCUUCUGAGAAAGCAACGUUGCAUUUAAGAAUAGAGACUACUUCAAGGCUGCUUGAGGAAAGUAAGUCAACACUACAAUUUUCAGAAAUGGCAGGAUCAUCAUCCAAGGAUGAUUUAGAAGCGGGGACAUGGGGAACAUCUAAUUCAUUAAGGGUGAGACCAAUGAUUGCGGAAAAAAUCCGAUCAGGAGGCCAGCACUUUGAGUCGUUGCUUGUUCAAUUGGAUAUUAUUUUUUCAGCUGGUGCUGCGUUUUUGAGGAGGAAUUCGUCGGCCAAAGUUUAUGCCCUAGUUUACAUUGUAUGCCUGCAUUUCUGGGUUGCUUACAUUCUCAUGUCAAACUCUGAUGUCGGUACCAUUAGAUCAGGUGCCGUUAUCUCUUUGGAGACCAUCAAUAAGACAACAGGAUCCUGAUUGUUGUGAAUUUCCAAACUAAAAAUAAAUGAUUCUCUGUUGUUCUGUCUCAAAUUUUGGAGGCUAAUGUAAACCUUAAAAUAUAUGAUCUCUUAUGUAUUCAGAUAGCACUGUAAAUGUAAAUAUGAAGCUUUUAUUGUUA